AUUUGGUCCCUGCAAAGGGUAAAGGCUCCCCCUGAGGUAAAGCAGUGCUUGGGAAGGGCUGGAGCGAGGUCGCUGCUGGGGCGAGCAGCUGCAGUCGCUCUGUUGGCCUUGGGCACUUCACGGUGGGGCAGGCUGGAGGCUGAGCCCAGGGUUGUGUCUGCAGGUGGGACAGCAGUGAGGCAGUCAGGUACCCGGAGGAGAUGCCAGUCACCAGGACCAGGCUGGUGGUCCCCUAUGGCCUCACCACGCUGCUGGAGGGGGUGAGCAGGGCUGCCAUGGUGAAGCCUCCCGAGGACAUCACCGAGUUCUUCACCCUCUACUUCCAGGGGCUCGCUGCCUUCCGCAGAGAGCACCCCGGCCUGGAGCUGGCAGAUGUGGUGGAAGAGUUCGAGUACAGGUUCCUCGCUGACGCCGCGAGUGGGGCAGCGGAGGAGCCCGCGGGGCUGCCGCUCGCCGCCGCGCCCCGGGACAGCGGCCGGAGGGACAGCGGCAGCGGCGCGCAGGAGGACCAGCUCCCGGGGGGGCCCCGCGCCCGCUGCGGCUCCACGCUAACGCAGCACCCAUCGAGCACCGCUGCCCUUGCGGGGAGCGCAUCCCCCCCUGCCUCCGAGGGAGCUGCGGGCCCCGAGGGAGCGGCGCUCGCCUACGUCCCGGCCGAGCCCGCGGCGCUGGCUGCACACCUGCUAGGUAACAGCAGCUGCCCCUGCUGCCCCGGGCCCCUGCCCGCAGCCUGCCGGCCCUCAGAGGAUCCGCUCCUUCCGGCACAGGUGGCUUCUGUUGUCUCAGAUCCCUCCCUGAGGGAUGCGGCCACCAGCCUGCAGACCCUGCCCACAGCCUCCGAGCCCUCAGAGGAUGAACUCACACCAGUAGAAGGUGGUUCUGAAGUGGCUUCUGUUAUCUCAGAUCCCUCCUUGAGGGAUGUGGCCACCAGCGUGCAGACCCUGCCCGCAGGCUCCCAGCCCUCAGAGGAUGAGCUCACACCAGCAGAAGUGGCUUCUGUUGUCUCAAAUCCCUCCCUUAGAGAUGUGGCCACCAGCGUGCAGACCCUGCCUACAGGCUCCCAGCCCUCAGAGGAUGAGCUCCUACCAGCAGAAGUGGCUUCUGUUGUCUCAAAUCCCUCCCUUAGAGAUGUGGCCACCAGCGUGCAGACCCUGCCUACAGGCUCCCAGCCCUCAGAGGAUGAGCUCCUACCAGCAGAAGUGGCUUCUGUUGUCUCAAAUCCCUCCCUUAGAGAUGUGGCCACCAGUGUGCAGACCCUGCCUACAGGCUCCCAGCCCUCAGAGGAUGAGCUCACACCAGCAGAAGUGGCUUCUGUUGUCUCAAAUCCCUCCCUUAGGGAUGUGGCCACCAGUGUGCAGACCCUGCCCGCAGCCUCCCAGCCCACAGAGGAUGAGCUCCUACCAGCAGAAGUGGCUUCUGUUGUCUCAAAUCCCUCCCUUAGGGAUGUGGCCACCAGCGUGCAGACCCUGCCCGCAGCCUCCGAGCCCUCAGAGGAUGAGCUCACACCAGCAGAAGGUGGUUCUGAAGUGGCUUCUGUUGUCUCAGCAGAGGAGGCUGCUGCAGAGGGCGCUAGGUCAGAGGCAGAAGGUGCAUUGCCAGCAGCAGCAGGUGCUCACGAAGGUGCCUCUGCUGUGCCAGCAGCUGAGGCUCUUGUGGAGGCUGUCGGGUCCCUCUCAGCAGCUGGGGAGCUGAGGCUGCCAGGCAGCCCGGCUGAGGGCUCGGCCCAUGACCCUUCCGCAGCCCCCUGGUGGGAAGGACAAUCAGCAUCGCCUGCUCCAACCCGUCCACCGCCUGCUGCCAAAGAUCCCCUCUGGGCUCUGCCUUCCUGCAGCCAGGCUGAGGCUGUGGCACAGCAGUGGCCGGAGGAGCCAGAUGCAGAUGUGGAGCUCCCACCUUACCUAGAGCAGUUCCCCCAGCAAAUCCUCGUCCCCUUUGUAGAGCAAACAGCUUCUCUGCUGCAGGCUGAGCAGCCAGUAGGGACAGGCCAGGGCUCAAGUGUCACCACCUUAGUGCCUUCUGAGGACUUAGUCACCCAUCCCGAGGGAGUGGAGCCUACAGCUCAAGUGGAACCAGCUGAGCAAGCCUGUGCCUUCUCAGCUGCAGCCUCGAGGGGAGAGCAGCCACAGGCACAUCCUAACGUGUGGACCCUCUACUGCCUGACUGACCUGAGACAAGGCCAAACAUCAACACCUUCCCUUCCUCCUGCUGGAGCUGCCCCUCCUUGUGCCCAGGCCACCCUCAGCCCUCCCAGUGGGCAAGCCCAGCAGCCUGAGCUGGCAGAAGGGGCAGCUCCAACCUACGUGAUGGGAGAGCAGAGCAAGAUGGGCAAUGCUCCACCUUUCAUCUUGGUGGGCUCCACCCUUCAGAGCAGGAAGCACUGGAAACCCAUUCCCGGCUCUGCUGUCUUCACACAGCAGCACCCAGGAGCCAGGAGGAGAUUCACCAUGAUCCCAGUGCCCGUGGCCAGGCCAGCUGAGGAGGAGCUGGGCAGGGCCAGACCCCGCUGCAGCUCGGCAGGGGAGACUGCGGCAGAGCGCCGCACCCCUCGCGUCUGCGCCGUGGCCGUGCCCCUGCCCGAGCUGAUGGCAACGAGGAGAGGCUCCCAGGAUGGGGUGAAGAGGAGAGGCUGUGCCCGCAGGAAGAGCUCAGCAGUGGACUUCUCCUUGCAAUAAAGGCAG